AUGUAUACAAGUGUGGAUAAGGUAGAAUGUGAGAAGGGUGAUGAUGUUGCCAACUAUCCGACAGAAUUUUUGAAUAGCCUUACACCAUCAGGAAUGCCUUCUCAUAAACUUAAACUAAAGAUCGGUGCAUUUGUCAUGCUUCUUCGCAACCUCAAUGUUCAUCAAGGUCUAUGCAAUGGAAUUCGCCUCAUCGUUCGACGUUUACUAAAUCACACGAUUGAUUGUGAAGUUGCAACUGAAUCUAACAAAGGAAAUCAAGUUCUAAUACCAAGAAUUACUUUGCCACCGUCUGAUCCAUUUUUGCCGUUUAAAUUAAGUAGACAUCAAUUUCCUAUCCGACUCUCAUUUGCUAUGACAAUUAACAAAUCACAAGGACAAACAUUUGAUCGAUUAGGACUAUUUCUACCGCAACCAGUAUUCAGCCAUGGACAACUAUAUGUUGCUUUUUCAAGAGUUCGCUCUCGAACCUCUAUCAAGGUACGAGUCAUCAAAGAAGAGAAAAAUGCUCGGAAAAUUCGAAGUUAG